AAUGAUGGCCGAUGGAGCAGCUGCAAGGCUGUUAAUUACCCUUUUAGAUGGAGUGUUGACAAAAUUAGUGUUACCUACCCAAAGGUGUACCAAAUUCACCUAAUUGGGUGAAACUAAUGAUAUAUUUCUGGUGUGGGGCAGGGUUUCCAUGGAUCAGUGGAAGCUUUCCAUGUGAAGGCAGUGGAUACAACAGGUGCAGGGGAUUCCUUUGUUGGGGCUCUUCUCACCAAGAUCGUUGAUGACCAGUCCGUGCUUGAGGUAAAUAAAACACGCGUAUAGUAGAUUUUACUGUGGUUAAAAUGGAGGGAUAUAAUAUGGCUAACGUAAAUUGGUUUGUGGUAAAUGCAAUGGUUGGCAGGAUGAAGCAAGGUUGAGGGAAGUGCUGAAGUUUGCAAAUGCUUGUGGGGCAAUCACAACCACCAAGAAAGGAGCCAUCCCUGCUCUCCCUGCAGAAGCCGAUGCUCUCUCCCUCAUCAACUCCUCCUCUCAGUAGUAACCAUUGCGCUGAAUUGGGGAGAAGAUGUUGUUGCUGCCGGAUUUGUUUUCCCUUUUUCUGUUUGCCCUUUUCUUUUUCCUCCCUGUUUUGGUCGGCUUUUUUACAGCCUCCUUUAUUAGUUUACCAACAGAAACUUGCUCUCAAGAGUGGAGAGGCUUUCUUUGCAAUUAACCCCAUUCUCUCCCCUUCAUGUUUCUUUACUUGGAUGAUUUCAUUGUUCCUUCCUUCUUUGUUAUUAUUAAUGUAAUCCAUCGAGCAGUUGUGCCUUCUCUCAUUCAUCCAUGUCUCUCAAGUUUCAUCUAUGAAAAAUACUCUUCUUGGCACAUUUUUUUCCCCCACUGUUUGCUUGUUGGGCCAUUUUCAAAUGGAUUGGGCUGGUAUUGUCCAUUCACCCCUUCAUGGGCUUUCUCUUCAAUAAUAACGUGUUUAAUCUUCAAAUGGGCUUAAGCCUGAUCUUUGUAGCCUAAACUCGGCCCAUCGGGGCCCAGCCAAUACGAGUGGAGAACUCGAGAUGCCUUCGCAUUUUUCGUACCAAGACGGCAAGUUCCCUAACUGGCUAACUCAGUUUGCGCCAUUACUGACCGAAGCUCAGCUUCACUGGAAAAGGGACAAAUUAAAGGACCAAAAAGGAAAUAAAGGAAGCAGAGAGGAAAUGCGGAUAUUAGGCCACGUAGCUUCUCCAUCCUUCCUCAGCAACGGCACCGCUCUCCUCUUCUCCCCCUCCCCUUCUCUCACAUUCACUCCCAGAUUCUCUCCUCUCUCCACUGUCCCGUUUCGCCGCCGCUCCUUCUCCAUCGCCGCCGAAAUGGCUUCCCCUGUCAAGAAGGUUUUGGUGCCGAUUGCCAAUGGAACGGAGCCGAUGGAGGCUGUGAUCACCAUCGAUGUGCUCAGAAGAGCUGGAGCGGAUGUGACCGUAGCUUCCGUCGGGAAGGAGCUUCGAGUGGAAGCCGCUCAUGGAGUCAAGAUUAUCGCCGAUGCUCUCGUUUCUAAUUGCGUGGACAACGUUUUCGAUCUCAUCGCACUUCCGGGAGGCAUUCCAGGCGCUGCGAAUUUGAGAGAUUGCAAAGAGCUGGAAACCAUGGUCAAGAAACAAGCUUCAGAAGAACGGCCAUAUGCUGCAGUCUGUGCCUCCCCGGCAGUGGCACUUGGUUCAUGGGGUUUGCUGAAGGGGCUAAAAGCAACAUGUUAUCCGUCCUUCAUGCAGGAACUGCAGCAGUCCUCUGCUAUUGCUGUUGAAUCAAGAGUGCAGAAGGAUGGCAUCACAGUUACUAGCCGUGGUCCUGGCACAACAAUGGAAUUUUCUGUAGCAUUGGUUGAGCAAUUGUAUGGAAAAGAAAAGGCUAACGAAGUUUCAGGGCCAUUGGUGAUGCGUCCCAACCAUGGGGACGAGUACACUAUCAAAGAGCUAAAUUCAAUCCCUUGGGAAACUGAAGAUAACCCACCGCAGGUUCUUGUUCCCAUUGCAAAUGGCUCCGAGGAAAUGGAGGCCGUUAUGAUCAUUGACAUUUUGCGAAGAGCUAAAGUGAAUGUUGUAGUGGCUUCUGUUGAGGAAAAACUGGAAAUACUAGCUUCUCGAAAGGUUAAGCUGGAAGCAGAUAUGCUGCUUGAUGAUGCUGCUAAAUUGUCAUACCACCUUAUUGUCUUGCCAGGUGGACUCGGGGGAGCUCAAGCAUUUUCGAAGUCGGAGAAAUUGGUGGAUCUACUAAAGAAGCAACAUGAAUCAAAUCGUCCAUAUGGAGCUAUAUGCGCUUCUCCAGCUCUGGUCUUGGAGCCUCAUGGGCUUCUCAAGGGGAAGAAGGCUACAGCUUUUCCGGCCAUGUGCGAGAAGCUAUCGGAUCAGAGUGAAGUUGAGAACAGGGUAGUGGUAGACGGCAACCUGAUCACGAGCCGAGGCCCGGGAACUUCAAUGGAGUUUGGCCUGGCGAUAGUGGAGAAGAUUUUUGGAUGCGACAAAGCGAUGGAGAUAGCUAAGGCCAUGCUUUUCACUGUCUGAUUCGCAAGAUAUUAGAGCUUCUUGUUUUCUGUUGUUUUUUUGGGUGAAAGUGUUUAGAUAUAAGUUGCUGCAGGAAGCCAGGAACAGGUACUUGUUGAUCCUCAACUGAGUUUUUGUCUAAACUAAUGCUACGGAGUCUUGGGAAGUGUUUUUGUUUGCGCUGUAAUGUGAACUUUGGUCUCCUGCCUUUGCUCUAUCCUUUACCUUGUAGAAAAAGGAAGUACAUAUAAAUAAAAAGCUGCAGUGUUUAUGAGGAAAAAAAUAGUUCAUAAAAAAAAAAAAACUCACCGUUUGUUUCUUUAGAAGGAAAAGGAGGGGAGGGGAGGGGAGGGGAGUUUGAAUUGAAAUGUUUCUCCAUGAUAAGGCAAGUUUAAAUGGAAAAUGGUUCUCCUUGAUAAUGUAGUGUUUAAUGUUUAUCUUAAAAAUUAACUUAUUAUUACAUUGGUGGUUGUGGACUUGUGGCUUAUAAGAUUAAUUUAAUCAUAUCAAUUAAAUUGAUUUAAGCUGGACCUAAAGUGGUAAAGUUUUGGACUAUUCAUCUUACCAUGCAAGGUAUUUCAACAGUCACUUCCUCGACAUGAACCACCCAAGUGGCCACCUACCAGGCAUGAUUGGCUAGCAUGACAUCAUCAUGAGGGGUAUCCCUUCGGUCAAAACCGAAUCAAAAUGGAGCAUAUCGCGUCCUGGUUUACUUCAAACACUACAAAUUAAAUUUGAACUGAAAUAUAAUUCUAUUCCAUUUGGUCGAACCGAAUUAGAAUUAUAUUCUAGUUAAAUUCGAUUGCACACAAACCCGAAAAUAUGGAGAGGGACAUACAUAGACAUAUAAUGGGGGAGAUAGAGAAUCCCCCCCACCCCCCACACAGAAUUUCAAACGCCUCCAUGAAUUAGGCUAUGGGAGAUGGGAUUGUUUAUAGCGGGGAGUGUACUGGCCUCAGGUAGCAUUGAGCCCAUGUUUCGGUUGGUUCGUUCAAUCAAGAGAAACCCUGGGUUUCAACAGAUUUCUAUUCAGAAUUUCAAACCAAAUAAUAAUAGUUCGAUUUUGGUUCGGUUUAAAUCGGUGUUUGUUAGGUUUGGUUCGGGUUUACCAAAUCAAAUGCCUUCUCCUAAGCAUGACAUCAAUAAGAGGCGUAGGCAUUGUCCCACUUAUCAAGCACACUACAUACCUAGCGCUAGCGGUUACCUCAUCCAAAUAGAGAUGACAAUUUGAAUUCGCCUUGUCGGGUAUUACUCGACUUGACCCGCGAUGGGGCGAGUAUUAUCCGACCCGUUGUAACAUGGGGCGCGACAUGGGUGUCCACUUUCGAUUUGUCAUGACCCGCCCCGUUCUUGACCAUUCUAUCUCAACUUCUUACAAGAUCUAUUCAAAUUUCUCCUAAUUUGAUUUUUCUUCAACUAGUUUGACAUAAUUACCUAUUAUAUUAUCACUAUUUUCAUUCGUAAAUUGUCCCUUUAUUUUAUCGUAAAAGUAAAAUUUUGGUGUAUGUUUUUUCUAUUAACAUGUAAGAGUGGGUCGUUACGCCCCGUCCCACACUCGUCUUGUCUCGCGUUUGGUGCGGAGUGAGUAUGAGUAUUGAUAUACACGUCUCGCCCCCACCCGUUUGUCAUUACUACAUCCAAAGAGGGUUGAUGUAGAUAUGAAAACAUGGAAACAUGGAAAAUAGUCAUAUAUGAAAACAUGGAAAUUGGCUAAGUAUGCUCUUUGUCUACCUACCAAGCAUCUGGGUGCCAAGCAUGACAUCAUACCAAGGAGAUAGGCACAACACACCCUCAUUCAUGGGUAGCCAUGCAUGGUACCUAGUAAGGUCAUAAAGUUUCUAAGUGUCA